UCUAAUAAAGGUUUGCUUUAUAAAUAAUCUUCAAAAUUAUACAAACUUUGUCAAGCUUACUGACAUGAACAUAUUAGUGUGUUUUAUAAUAUUAGCCGCUAUCACGUCAAGAGCAUCUGGAGAUGAAAACAAGUUGUAUGCGAUCGAGGGAAAUCGAAUAGCACUCCCAGCACACUCAGACGCGGACAAUGCAACAAGUAUUGAGUAUGUAAACUGGUUCGAUGGUGGGCCUAAUGAAACGCAUGCUAACAAUAUUAUCGUUAGCUUGGUACAUCCCUAUCAAAGUCACUUUUCCAUUGACGUCACUAAACGAACCUACGGAGAUUUGAUUAUUGAACCUGUAAACAGAGGAGAUGCAGGAAAAUACACUUGCCAGGUUGUUCAUAAAGAUGAAACAACAUCACGGGUAUCAAAUUAUUAUUUAAUUGUAUAUUAUAUGGAUCCUCCUAUUAUUUCAAUAAAUUGGAAUAGUAACAGCCGCGCUACCUUUUACUGCAGUUGGUCUAUAAUCAAUCCAGACAAUAAACCGAUUGUUAGAUGGUACCUUGAUGGCAGUGAACUCAACACUACAAAAGCUAAAUUCAAUUCUGAUGAAGAGGAAAGAAAAGCAACACUUGUUACUCUUAACAUAUCUGAACAAGAUUUUGGGAAUUACACUUGCAGUAUUACUGUAAAUACAAAUAAGGGUGUUAUGAAUAAGACUUCCAAAGGAUUACAUACAACUGAUGAUAGGAAAGCUCUUAUUAAGGGCGUGUUGAUAGCAAAUGUAUUAGAAGGUUCCAGUCAAGUAACUAUGCCGUGUGAGUACUCAGCAGUUGAAGGAAAUGUGGACACUAUAAUGUGGAACGAAGUUGAUAACUCAGGAAAAAAUGUAGACGUAGCAAUUAUUGAUUCUACAAAGAAAGAAAACGGGCGUUACAAGUUGAUAAAAGAACCUGGAGUAGCUAAUCUGAUCAUCGAAUCACCAACACGAGAUGAUUCUGGAAGGAGGUUCAAAUGUCUUGUUAUUUUUCAUAAUAAACCUCCGGCCAUUUUGGACCCUCCAUCGUUGCUAAAUGUAUUGUAUCUAGACAAACCGGAGGUCACUGUAUCUCCAAGUGUUGUAUUUGAAGGCAACUCGUUUACCUUAACUUGCAGUAACAUCAAUGUUAACCCUCCUACACCGAUACAAGUCACAUGGUUAAAAGACAACAUCAUCAUCAGCAGCAACGAUAGCUCAAGGUACGAAUUAUAUGAAGAUUUUAAUCGAAUUCGAAUACCAUUCGCAUCUGUUGAUGACAGUGGAAUUUACCAAUGCAGAGUACAAAAUGACGCACACAGAAAAGGAAGGACAAGUUUAGAGCUCAAUAUAUCAGUCUUUAAAGGAUUAUGUCUUCCGGUCAAGGUAUCUACCUUCACGGUCCUCAUUGUUACCGCAGUUACAUCAUUCAUUCUUGGUUCCUUCACAACUUGUCUAAUAUGCCACUGCAUCCGUAAAAGUCCUAAAAUGGAAAGUCGUAACCAUUAUGAGAUGCAUCAAAACGAAGUAGUUCAGUUGAAUUCUGUGGAAAACAGUAGCAGAGCUACCCAUAAUGACGAUGGUGCAGCAGCCGGAAACUCCCCGCAAGAGGAAAAUGAGCAUGAAUCUAGACUUGAAUUUAACGUCGUUUAUUCGGAUGCGAAAUAUGAUAUAAUAAAUGCAUACGAAUACGAGCAAAGUAAGCCUAUUUAAUUAUGCAGCUGCUGAAGUAAUCACGCCCCUAGCAAAACUCAUUUUAUCAAUUGCAUUGAACUAGGAAAACCACACUACUUAGCUAAGGUUGUUCCUGUGUAUUAAAAAAGUUUCGUUUCUGUGUAUUAAAAAAGGUUCUAAAACAAAGUGCGGUAAUUAUAGGCCCGUAUCUAUGUUUUAGCGUUUUAAAGACAAUUGUAAAAGGAGUUGUGUAUGAUGAAGUUUAUGAGUGCAUCCUAAUAAUUAAUUAAGCCUCGCACCUCACUGCGCCCGACACUACCUCGCGAAACAGAGUUCAGUAGUGUAUCGAGUAAGCUACAGUGCGUGGAUGAACACUGUGGAGUAGGCCGAAAUCUGUUAAAUAGGCCUUGUAGUUAGGACAGUGUGAACAUUAAUGGACUAUAAUUGUACUAAUAUCCCUAUGACCAGACACAGUUUAUUACCCUAGUAGCCAGACCAGGUUUUGUAUGCACUUUGAGGUCCAGAGAAUUUGACUUCAGAAAUUGGUUUAGGGUGUCCAAGAAUAAUUUUUGGCUUAGUAACACAUUUUCAAAAUGUGGCGAAAGGUCAAAAGGUCAGGGUUAAAAGUCAUAUCUAUAGGAUCGUCGUAUCUCUGCAACUACUGGUAGUAGAGAUUUGGUGGUAUAUGUGUCUAUGUGUUCAGAAUAAUCAUGUUUCUAUUUGCUUUAAUAGAACAUUUUUGCUAAAAAAUGACCGGAAAUGCCGUUUCUAACAUUUGACACGUUUCAAGGUCGUAGCCAUAUGGCGAUCAUAUCUCCGCAACCACUAGUGAUAGAGAGUUAAUUGUGAUGUCAAUUUGUUCGAAACAUUAAUGUUUCUAUUUGAUCUAAUAAAAAAGUUUGCUAGAAAAUGACCGGAAAUGCCAUCUUUUACCUUUGACAUGUUUCAAAUGCUAUUAAUAUAGAGUCCUUGCUAUCUCCAUAAACAAUGGUAGUAGAGAGUUAAUUUUGGUGCCAAUUUGAUCUGAACAUUCAUGUUUCUCUUUGCUUUAAUAGAACAUUUUACUAAAAUAUGACCGGAAAAGGCGUUUCCGUCCUUUGAAAUGUUUCAAGGUUAUAGCCAUAGAAUCCUCAUUUCUCCACAACCACUGGUGGUAGAGAGUUAAUUUUGAGUUAUAUAUAUAUAUAUAU